UCAUCGCGCGUGUCUUUCUACUCAUACUAAUAGUUCUCAUGGCACUAUCCCUUGUGGAACAACUCAACGACCUACUCCUCUACCUGAACCUUCCCAUUACCCUCCAGUCACCGACAGACCUCACCCCGUCUCUUAUUCUAGCCCUGCUCGAAUCAAUUCUUCAACAAAGAUUAUCAGGAAUUUCAACUGAUAUCCGGACGUGCAGGUCUGAAGAAUCGAGAAUAUUGUGCGUGAAAUUGGUUUUGGGGAUCUUACAAACGGACAUCCUAGCUGGUACUUUAGAACAAGAACAUCUGAACGAGUUUGAUUUGACGGGUGUCAAUCCAGAGAGAUUGGCAAGAGGGGAAGUAGAAGAGGUUGUGCGAAUCGCAAGGGUCCUGUGUUGGUUGGGGGAAAGAAUGAUUGUCGGGAAGGGCCAGCCUCAAUCUCAAGGACACCGCGAUGGCAAUUAUCGUCGAAGCGAGCCAUUGUCAAGUCCCUCGAUCGUGACGUCGAACGGCCUGAAAUCUUCUCACUCACCAGCCUUUUCACCAUCUUCCAAAAGCACAAAAUGUGUAGAAUUGGAGCUUAACGCAGGUGUACAGGAUCUUAGCAUUAGAGGGAUCCUACCGCAUCUGUCAUCGUUCGAGGAACCUCUUUCAACACCACAACGCCGGCCACGAGGAGUUCACAGAGUGCCUUCCCCGCACCUCGAGAUCAGAUUUUCGCCCCCCUUGGACGAUCAGAUCAGCUCUAGUUCCUCUUUGUCAUUUCCUCUGACUACAGUUUGCCUCCCGCCGGUACGGCAACAUGGCUUCAUCGGAGAUGUCGAUGAGGAGGAGGAGUUCGAGUCCUUUGAGCAAAGUCGGGUUGAGAAAAGCGAAAGGAGUCAACAAUAUCCGACUGACCUCAACGUCGAUUUCGAAGAGGCUGGACAUGCACGGACGAUUGCAUUAUUGAAGGAGCGAGCGCGAUUGUUAUAUCGGCUUGCCAAACUCCAGCAAGAUCCUUGAUGUGCCAAAGUGUCUGGUUAUUAGCAGCAUGCGUCAUAGGGCGGUCUCAAUCGACAUUGCGAUCAUGGAGCCUCUCACAGGUAAUAAGGAGGUUCUUAAAGGCAACUGCAAAACGUAGGUCGGGUCUCAAGCACCGUAUUCUCAAUAACCGCG